GUGUUCUAUUUUGUCAUUCGUAAGUGGAUGACCAACCCGUGUACGUCCCAAUUGUCUUGUCCCAGUGAUUGAGCAAAUUGUCGUGAAAUCGUCCCAAUGUGUUGAUUAAAAUUGGGCAAUUGUUGCCCGUAAACAAAAUCGGUCUUCGAGCUCGAUCGGUAGAGGGGAGGGAUACACCCGAAAAAAUCAUGAAGUGCUGGGAAACCGGUUGACUGCCUAUCACUUUUUGGGGUGGGGCGAGUGAGCACAGAAGCUUCCCCGAGAAAUUCAUGAACUAAACUCGUUAUUGGACUCAUCGUACCGAUCGUGACGCAUGUCUGUGUUUUCCCCGUUGAUUUAUAAUUUUUUGCCGAUUUGUUUUAUUCAUAAAAAAUCGUGAGUGAUGCAAAGUGCCUAGUGGAACUGGUAAACAGAUUAACCUCGAAAUUGUGGAAUAAAAACUGUCAGGAUGACGUCUACCUCCCCGGAGAUGACUCUCAUGGAGUAUCUGUUCGAUCGGGACGACCCGAUGCUCAAGGAAAAUAUCAAGGACGAUGUGCUGAUGAAGGAGAGUUACGUUAAUGAGACAAUUGCGGCUGAAGAAUGGAUGACCUCAAAUACAGACGACCUGUUUGGCUCGAUCUUCAACAUGGACGAUCAAUUCAACCUGAUUGACAACGAUCUUGAGACAAUACCGUCCUCAUCAUCGGACAGUGGACUCUCCAGUGCUCUCAGUCUCUCCUGUGAACAACAAUUGAGUCCCCUAUUACCUAUCGAUGAUGAUCAGGUGGAAAUGGGUAACGACAGCAUCAGCAGCCCCCAAGAUUACACAGAAUUCGAUUCCCUGGGCAGUCCAAAUGACUCCAUGGGUAGUAUUGACAGCCCGGUGAGAUCGGUCAUGAGUUCAAAUUUGGGCUCACCAGCCACUGAUAUCAAUGAAGAAAUGGAAUUCGAACCGAUGCUAACGGUCGUUGAUUCCGGCGCUGUGGAAAAUCCGGAAAUUACCAUGCCGGUUAUAAAACAGGAACCCAUGACCGAGUUGGACGCUCCAGUUAAACAACAAACGAUAAAACAAGAGCCAACAGUUACUAUUCGCAAUGCUGGUAACGGCAAGAGAAAUAUCAGACAAUUGAUUCGUGUAACGCCUUCUGGCGCUGGUAAUCAUCCACGAUCUAUCCUUCUACCAGUUAGUCUCAAAGAUAUGAAAGAAGUACGUGCGAUUAAGAUUAUCAAUGCAACUCAGGCUAGAAACCUGAAGAACUUCAAAAUCAGUCAUAUCAACCAAGGGAAUGUUAUCAGCAAAGCCAUUCCUAUGAACAUCAAACAAGAAGACACAAGCCUCGACAAAAGUGCAACCUCAGACGAUGAGCCAUGCGAGCCAGGAUCUGGAUAUCCUCCUCUAAAACUCAACGCCGAAGAGAAACGUCUUCUCCAAAAGGAGGGAAUAACCCUUCCAACGCAUUAUCCCCUGACAAAGCCAGAGGAACGUGAACUGAAGAGAAUUCGUCGUAAAAUUCGUAACAAAAUAUCCGCCCAGGAUUCACGCAAACGUAAAAAGGAAUACGUUGAUGGACUUGAGGAUCGUGUUAAGCAGUGCACGGAGGAGAAUAUGACUCUUCUGAAGCGUAUAAAGGCAUUGCAAACGCAGAAUCAGAGCCUAGCGGGACAACUCAAGCGAUUACAAGCUCUCAUUCAAAAGGGUAACAAGAGUGCUCAACCGGCAACCUGCCUCAUGGUACUUCUACUGUCACUGGCUCUCGUUGCUGUUCCAAAUCUUCGGCCACAUUCUAACAACAAUACGAGUGAACUGGCGAGAGAACAAGAGCAACCUGAGAAAAUGCCGCCACUCGCCGGUCGGUCAAGAAGCCUUCUCUUUACAAAACAAUUAAUGGACGAAGAGCUUCAACAGUACGGUGAACUGCUCGAAGAAGUUGAGGGUCUACUCGACCACGAUUACAGCCCUGUUGUCCAGGUUCCGCUGUACAAAAGACCGCGCUAUGACAACGAUCAAUGCAACAAGUAUACGGCUAACAUGAAUCACGUGGGCGGAACGCUCCAUCAAAAAACCGAAUGUUCGGACAAUAAAUUGAGUAAGAAGUACACUGAACCACCUCUCGAUGAUGUGUGGCCACCACCAAAACCUGGGGCAGAACCGGCCGCCAGAGUUGUGGAUAAACUGGAGGCCUUGACGAAUGAAUUGAAGAUUAAUAUAUCGGAUGCUGAUGGCACCAGAACUGUUCUUCUGAAGGUACCACAGGAGCAGUGAGAGUCAAAAUUCAUCAUUUUUUCCCUUCGUCUUCAUUAAUUAUUUUUUGAAGUAUAGAUAAUUUUUAUAAUGGUACUAGUUUCGGUCAAGGGGAGAUCACACUGAAGUUUGCAAGUGAGGGAAGCGUUAAUUUAUCCUGCAAAUUGUCUCCUUAAAUUUUUUGGGGGGAAAAAAUGAAAGGACAUUAUAUUUCUGGCGUUUAACGCAGUUGAAAAUAUAAUAUGUCACCUCAGCAUUGAUUGUUGAAUAAAGAUCACACGUAAAGUUAUUCUGGAGUAUUAUGAAAUGAGGUAACAAUGACCAUCCACGAAAUAAUGAAUUUCCCAUCACAAGAUUCUAAAAUUUCAGUGGAUAUAUUUCAUGUCAGAAAUUUCAGUGUGUUCUCCGCUUAAUGCACACUGAAUAGCAAAAUAACUCAUCACCUUCGACUAAUCAUUGUCCAUUGAAAUGUUUCAUCGAUGCUUGACCCCUCGAAUAUCCCUCAUUCGAGGCGGUUUUUAAGAUUUUGAGAAUUCAAUCGCGGUAAGUGAUAACAGGAUGAUUUAUUAUACGAAUUUACAUUAAGUAAUUUUAUGCAUAAUUGUCGUUAUCCCAUUUACUGGGCCCAUUGUAAAUAUCAGAAACUCGAUAUAUCGUGAUGAUAGGUUUAAGAGAUUUUAACAGAGUGAUGAUUACAAUGAUAAGAAUUACUCUAACAGAUUGAAUGUUUAACAUUUUGAGUGAAAUCCACAAGAUUACAUAAUAAAUGCAGUGACAUACGAUUUUUAGGAGAAUCAUUUCCAAUUGCGUUAAGUUGUCGUGUGCACUUUAAGUCCUAAGGUGAAUAAUUCACUGGAAUAACUCAUGAACAGUGAGAAUAUUGAGAAAUUAUUUGCAAUAAUAAAAUCUACGAUUCAGCACUAAUUAAUUGUAUCGCAAUUUUACGCAUAAGAGGUGUUGUGAAUGAAAGCUUAUGAUGUGUAUAAAUGCAUAAAGACUGUCGACAGAGAUGAUUUAAAAAAUUUAAUAUGUCUUUGAGAAGAUGUAGGAAUGAUUUACUUAUUCAUUGACAAAGAGAAUUUAUUCCGUACUAAGUUUACCCGAAUCCAUUCUUACUUUUGCGUUAUACUGCCUCUCCGAACGUUGCAUCAAUCCAGAGGAACAGAGAGGGCAAUAAUAACAAAAAUGUAUGAUUGUAAAUAAAUAUAUUGAUAAAAGAGGUUAAAUGUUUUGAUCGUGAUGAAGAACAACUGCUUACUAAUAGGGUAACAAUAGGCCAACGAUGGAACCAGGGAGAAUAAUUGAAUAUAAAUUGUUUUUUCAUGACAAGUGGAUGAAUUUCUCUUCCCUUGGAAGUUAUGAACGUACCAUUCGUCAAACAUGUUCAUUGAGUAUAUCUACUAUUGGAACAUUCCUUCAACUUAUACGACGUAUGAUAGAAUGGAGUUCUAUUUUUACACAUAGUUUAUCAAAUGAUCAUUAUUUCUCACUUAUUGUUUGUGUAAUAUAUGACAGUUGUAGAGUUCGUAUCGAAUAAAAGUUCAAGAUUAUGUGAAAA